AUGGCCGCGUUAGCCAGUUCCCUGAUCCGGCAGAAACGGGAGAUCCGGGACCCCGUGGCCACCCGCCCCGUCUCCACCCAGCGGAAGGUUUGCCCCCGAGGCACCAAGUCCUUAUGCCAGAAGCAGAUCUUAAUUUUAAUCUCCAAAGUCCGGCUGUGCGGGGGUAGGAAAGGCCGGCUGGAAAAGACGCCAGAACCGCAGCUGAAAGGCAUCAUCACGAAGCUCUUCUGCCGGCACGGCUAUUACCUCCAAGCGCGCCCGGACGGUGGCAUCGAGGGCACGAGGGAGGACACCAACGGGUUCACCCUCUUCAACCUGAUUCCGGUGGGGCUUCGGGUGGUCGCCAUACAGAGCACCACGUCCGGGCAGUACGUCGCCAUGAAUGCCGAGGGCUAUCUCUACAGCUCCGCUCACUUCACUGCCGAGUGCCGGUUCAAGGAGUGCGUCUUCGAGAACUACUACGUCACCUACUCCUCCACCCUGUACCGGCAGCGGGAGUCCGGCCGCUCGUGGUAUCUGGGCCUCAACAAAGAUGGGCAGGUGAUGAAGGGAAACCGAGUCAAGAAGACUAAGGCUGCGGCCCACUUCCUCCCAAAACUGCUGGAAGUGGCCUUGUAUCGCGAGCCUUCCCUACACAACGUUCCCCAUGCGAGUCCCUCUCAACCGCCACCACCUCCAAAACACACCUCUACUUGUCCACGAUUUGGUUCUCAGGAUGGCUUCCCACCUGCGCAUCUUCAGCCUCUGGAAUUUUUGACCCAAAUACGAUCAGCCCAGGAAGGAGAAGAUCUGUUGACCCGGGAUUUUCCAUUCUGGGAUGAAAAGACAUUGUGCAUGCACGCACACACGCGGACACACACACACACACAGGGACAAACAACAAGAGUCUCCUGUUUCAAGCCAUAGGACCAAUACAGGGCCCAGCUCUCUGGGAGAGACACUGUGUUCCUGCAAGGGGCUGACGCCACGUUCCCAGCUGUGGCAGAUCCACGGUGGGUCUCCAGCCCCUUCAACAGGUAGGGCUCCUGGCUCUGUCAGGAGUACCCUUCCUAACGAAACCCCAGAUCUAUUCCAGUCUUCCAUGCAAACAAGGCAGUGGGUUUAUGGUGCUUCACUCCCUCCGGGCUGGUAACACAACUUACAAAACCCUUAGGAAGCAGCAGAACAGAGAAGGAAAAAGAUGUUCACGUUCUUUGAAAGCAACACUUUUUGCCUACUGCAGAACAAUCUUCUUCCUCUUUUUUUCUUUAAAAAAAAAACCUGUACUACGUUCCGCCCCUCGGUGGUGACAUUGUUCUAUUUCAAACGAUGGCAGAAUUAUAUAUGGUGUCAUGGCUGACCUUCGAGGACACAGGAGCUAACAACUGGACGGGUGUUCCUGGCUGGGCAGGGCAGGGCAGGGCAGAGCAGCCAAAGCGAAGCUCCCGGUUCUGGUCAGCUCAGGAAGCCAAAGGUCCUUUUCUCGCUGGGGUCAUUCCAUCGCCAGGAGAGAAGAUCACCUUCAGGAUUCUCAACCGGCUGUUCUAAUGGUGCAGUUUUAAAAAGUGGACUCUUUUUCUUCAUCCACGGAAUGCCGAAGAAAACCGCCCUUGCCAACCCUUCUGCCCUGGGCCUGCUCUGCAAAUUUCAGACAGUACCCACUGAAGACCUCUGAGUGAAAAGGAUUAGAUUUGAUGAGCUGGAUCGCCGCCUUCGACGGCAGGAAAAGGCCACCUCUUGCAGCAGGGGGCCUGCUGGAGGCUGUUGCGCCCCCGCCCGCCCCCCUCCCCGCUGUGUGACACCGCUUCUGGCCACUGGAUGGCAGCGCUGCGUUCACGGAGGAGCAGAGACUUCGCGUCGGCCCGUCCGCGUCCUUGAAGCAGGCCCCGGAGAGUUGCAGUACCUCAUCUGGCCACUGGGUGGCAGCACUCAUCCCGGCGCAGGGCUGCGGGGAACCGCGCCUCCUUCCACCCUGCGGGCGCGGGGGGCGCGGGCGGGGGAGGCUGCCCGGAGGUUCUCCACCCGCCUCCUGCCCCCGA